CCUCGUCCUCCUCCUGCUGGCGCCCCUGGGAGAAGCCGCGGCCAGCUUCCUCAGGGUCGCCGACGGCAUGGACACGACCGCAGCCGGCGAGAGGGUCAGCGGACUCACGGUCACGGACUGCGGCUUCAGGUGCUUCAGUGCGGGUCGGAGCGCGUGUCGGGGCUUCGUGUGGCGGCCCAUCGUCGACGCUUCCUUUUACGACCAGUACAACGGCAGCAGAAAUGGCACCUCAGAGGACGACAGUGCCACGACCGCCUAUACGCCGCUGGUGGGGUCGUCUGGCACCGGUCGCUGUGGUCUCAUGAAGUGCGUGCCGCCCCCCUCGUCCCUCACGCAGGCACCUGGCGCUCAGAUCUACCUCAUGACUGGCACCAACGCUGUGGCUUACGGCUCGAUCAUGGUCCCCCCGAGCUACAGCAUGGCCUGUACCUUCGCCUACCGAAUCUACGACAAAGUCCAGCUGAAUUACACGGAAGCGGAGAUGCAGUGCCAGAGGGACCGUGCUCGGCUCAUUGCCAUUAAGACGUCUGAGCAGCAGCGCAUCAUGACGGGGAAGACUUCGCGCAGUGAGGCCUACUGGAUAGGCCUGGACGACAGGGACACCGAGGGGGAGUUUGUCAUGUCAGGUGGCACCAAGCCCACGUACCUGAACUGGGACAGCGGACAGCCCAACAACUACGUCAAAUUCGAGAAGGACCAGGACUGCGUCAUGCUGUUCCAGGGGACUUGGAAUGACAAUCAGUGCGAUCAGAUGCUGCGGUUUAUCUGCGAGAUCCCUUUUCUGGAAUUCUAAAAAAAAAGAAAAAAAAAAGAUGAUCUCUUUCUCUGUACUCUUUUUUCUUAUACUCUCUCUCUCUCUCUC